AUGGAGAAUUGCAAGCCUGUUUCCACUCCUAUGAUGGUUCAUGAGAAGCUAUCCCGUGAUUCAGAGCGUGCUCUCAGUGAUGAAGAUUCUUUUCAGUAUCAUAGCAUUAUUGAUGGCCUACAAUAUCUCACACUGACCAGACCCAAUAUUGCUUUUGUUGUUAAUAAGGUAUGUCAGUUUCUAUCAGCACCAACUGAAGUUCACCAGGAAGCAGUGAACUGUAUGCUACAAUUUGUGAAAGGGAGGAUUUCUACAGGAUUGUGUAUACGCAAGUCCAAUUCAACUCUUCAUAAUGUCUUUACAGAUGUCGAUUGGGCCGGCUGCACUGAUGACUAUCGCUCUGGAGGUUUUGCAGUAUUCUUUGGGUCAAAUAUAAUUUCAUGGAGCACAAGGAAGCUACCAACUAUAUCCCGGUCCUCAACAGAAGCAGAGUACAAAGCUUUAUCCAAUGGGACGGCCGCAUCCGUAGCCGAGACGACCAACCUGGCCCUCCUAGGCCCCUGCCUCGUGGCGCUGACGUGGAAGGGAUGCCGGAGAGGUGGCCUCAUGAACGGACAAGCCACCCGCACACACGCCUUUGCUAUGGCGAUCGUUCUCCAGCGAGUGAGCAACAAUGAGUUGGUUGAACGUCUCUAG